AUGGUUAUUUCAAAAUUUAUAACCUCAAAAAAAUUGUUAAUGGUUUUUUAGCAUUACAUAAAUGCAUAAGCCGCGAAAAAUCUUAAUAAAUGGAUGAAAUUUAAGACUACAAGGAUUGAAAAUUUAUCCAAUCAGUUCUAAAGUGAAACAAAAUAGCAUUACAAUAUGUACAUGAUUAGAAUAUUAAGACCGCUUCAAUAUCAGUAUUUUCUAAAUUUUCGCGACAUAAGACUAAUAUCGCACCACACACAGAGAUUUUCAGAAGUCGAAGAAAGAUAUAGACAACGAGAUGGGAUGUCACGUCGCUGGAAUUUAAUAUAUAAAGCGCCAAUGGAAGGCACACUGAAAUAUACAUCAUCUUAUCUAACCUUCUCAACAGUGUCAGUUGCUUUGGGUUCGCUUUAUUAUGCCGCAUUUAUGUUUGACCCGCUGACUAUGAACGAUCCUGUAGUGGUCGGUGAUAACGUUGUGAUAGUCAGUGACAUAACAGAAGCAGGAAUAUAUUUAGGAGCCUUCUUUUUAUUUCAUACUGCCAUCAAAGUAUUAUUAUCCAAAUAUGUAGUAAGAAUGUACAAGGAUGGUGAUAAUUAUGUUGCCAUAUUCAAUGGUCAUUGGCAUAAUCAAAUUAAAAAACACAAAUUUCAUCUUAACGAGUUUGAAAAGUUGAACCCCACUUAUGUUGUAACUUGGGGAGAUGCAAGAUACGGCCUUGGUAAAAAACAUGGAAUAUUGUUAGACAACUAUUUCAAAACACCUGAAUAUUUAAACAUCUUACUGUACAAAAGGAAAACUGAUCCAGAAGAUGAAUAAUCUUAUUUAUUUUAUAGAUACUUACAUAAUAUAAUAAAAUAAUUACUUUUACA